AUGAAAGCAAGGGUUGGUCCCGCGACUUUCCUGAGCGAAGAAGAGGAAAAAUCUCUUGAAGAUGUUCUGCUGUACGCUGGUCGUCACUGCUUGGCUGUGGGUCGGCUGCACCUGCUGGAAACCGUUAUACAGCUGUGCAACGACGGUCGCCCGAUCCCUUGGGAUCCAGGGCAGGGUCCGGGGAAGGACUGGCUAGCUGGCUUCCUCAAGAGGCACCCACGGGUGUCGGAGCGCACGACUCGCAUCUACGAGGCAAACAGAAUCACCGAGGACAAGGAGCCUCGCAUCGUCGAGUUCUACAAGAAGUGGGCAGCUCUCCUCGACGAGCACAAGCCGGAGGCCGACCACGUGCACAACACGGACGAGACAGGNAAGUGGGCAGCUCUCCUCGACGAGCACAAGCCGGAGGCCGACCACGUGCACAACACGGACGAGACAGUGGUGGCGCAGUUUGGGUAG